GGGAAGCGUUAGCAGAGACAGAGAGAGAGAGAGAGAGAGAGAGAGAGAGAGAGAGAGAGAGAGAGAGAGAGAGAGAGAGAGAGAGAGGACUAAAGACGAGGAGGGAGUGGGGGAAGGAGCGGUAGGAGGAGAAGUAGGCGGAGGAAGAGGAGGAGGUGGGUGGGUAGAGAUUCACUUUCUCAGCAUUGCUGCGGAAGGAAAGCGUAGUACAGCUGCGCUGAGAGGGUUGAGGAAGAAGACGUCGCAAGCUUUUGGAUAUGGCGGCUCGGCGGGAGUUCGUGUGUUCAUCGGCUGCAGCGAUGGCUUUGUGGGUUUUCCUCUCUCUUCUUUGCGCAUUUUUGUCGACGGAGGUGCACGCCAUUGGAUGCCCUGCCAAUAGCUCUGCAGACUCGUUGCGUAUCGUCUCGGAGUAUAUGAUUCAUCGACCGAGUGAUAGCUUCGGUCCGCUCUUCUUUGAUGAGCAGAGAAAUGUUCUUCUCUUCACCGUCACGAAUGAAGUCUGGCGCAUUCCAAUAAUGACAAACUCCUCUGAGAUGUUUGUCUGCAACUCCUCGACCCAGUCCUGGGAGAAUGCCCGACAAUAUGCUGUAGAUGUGGAGAACGGGAUGAUACACGUGGCAGCUACCGAGGGGACAAAAGCCCUUCUGCAUUCGAUCGAUUACAAUGGGCUUCAAAUUAUUAAGCGGAAUACGCAGUACGUCCCAUAUGUGAAUGCUUUCGCCGGCUCUGCACAAUGUGUUUUGUAUCUCAACACCUCAAAGAUGCUCGUCACGGCAUUCAGAGAGUCCGGAAUUGUCAUAUUCAACACUGCUGAUCCCGCUGUCCCAGCCGCAUCCUAUUUCAUCGAUCCUUCGACGUACAGCUACGCCAACAUUUCAUCUUGCAUCCUCGAUCCGGGACGCAACAAGAUGCACUUCCUUGCACAAAACUCCUCGACCAUGAUCCGGAUUGAGUACGAUAUCGGGCAGAACAUCACAAAGACAACUUCGUUCCCAGCCGAGGUUUCGGUCGCUCAGAAGACAAUGGGUCUCGUCUCCCCGGACAAUAACCGGUUGUUCUUGGCCAAUUCCAACACCAGCCAGUUUAUUCAAGCGCUUCCCUACGAAGGCUCUAAUGCGACCUACUUCAACCUCCCUGGAGGAUACUCGUUCACAGCCAUGGCGGCGGACCAUUUCCGGAGGCGGGUCUAUUAUUUCACGAACGAUCCUGCCGCCCCCAUUUACAUGUUCCACGACUACGAGCAGUUUCCGCCGACGAGCCCUCUCCGCACGCUUCCUCUCUACUACACCUCCAUCCAACCUCUCAUGACCACCUACACAACGCGCAAUAUCACAGUGUAUCAGGCGUACUUCGCCAAAAACCAGGAUCUGGCCUUCUUCGUGACAGACCCCCUGGACACGUCUGUGGCUGUCGAUAUUAUGGCCGUGACCACAUCGUCCUGCCCAGACUCGUUUGGUGUGUGUCAUCAGACUUCACAGGGAAAUUGCGGCUGUGCCCCUAAAGCAGAUGCAGCCUACCCGGUGUUCAAGGCUGCUUGCAACCAGGCUACUUUUGAUUAUACCCCUCGUUUGGACUUCCCCAUUGAGAUCUGUCCAGGCAAUCCAGUUCCCACACCUCCCGUCGUUGCGACGCCCCCUUCAGUGCCGGCGACAGCCCCGACAGAACCAGCUGCCGCAGUGUCUACAGCCCCGACAGAACCGGCUGCAGCGGUGUCGACAGCCCCAACAGAACCAGCUGCAGCGGUGUCGACAGCCCCGACAGAACCAGCUGCGGCAGUGUCGACAGCCCCGACAGAACCAGCUGCUGUAACGACAGCCCCAACAGAACCAGCAGCAGUGUCUACGGCCCCGACUACAACGGCACCUGCAUCUACUGCUGCAUGACUUGCAGCUCCUUAGGCCAAGUUCGCACUGGUGAUUGGGUGUGGCGGAUAUCUCCGCUACUGGUGGGGUGGGCCAUCCAUCAGCUGGCUGUAAUUAGGAUAUAUACAUAAUUUUCGUGAAAAGUACGGACAAGUUCGAGAGCCAAAUCCGGGGGGGAAAUUCAGCAUGUUCCUUUCGGAGAGUGAAUGUGGAUGUGGAGAGGACCAGGUGCACGUGUAAUAUGUACUGCGCCACCGACGAGCCAGGGUGCAUUCCUUGUCCCUUAAACCACCAGCACUUGGCCCAGCUAUCGGCCGUGGAAAAAAAUAGAGUAGAAAAACCACGAGUACUUGGCCCAGCUAUCGGCCAUUGAAAAAAAUAGAGUAGAAAUGUUUCUAGUCGGAUGAAUUUGGGCACACCUGUAGUGACGGGUAGAUUCCGUAAAAUUGCGACUUGUUAACAGGCACGACUUUUGGAAGUAGUGGUGGUUUAAAAACUUCUUUGGGAGAGGAAAGGUGGGUAGGGGUCUCAUAAAGGGUAGAACCCUAAGCCAAAAAAAAAAAGGAAGGGGGGGGGGGAGAGAAGGACUUGGCUUGCUUAUAUAUGCGGAAUGGAAUGCUAGAAAUGCCACUGCUGUAAGGACAAGAGAUUUGAACACAAAUCCAAGUAAAAAAUUCCACCAGUUCCAGUUCUAGAGUGUACCUGAGUUUGAAGAGGACCAGGUUCAUGCAUCAUCUGUAUGGAGGGAAGACCAACAUACAUUCUCAGAGAAACGAUUUUUCAGUUUUGGGUUUGCAUCCCCUACUUCUACUAGAGUGUACCUGAGUGAGAAGCGGACCAGGUGCAUGCAUCCUCUGUACAGAGGAUAGGCCAGCAUACAUUCGUAGAGCAAAUAUUUUUCCGUUUUGCAAUCGCAUCCCCUGACAGUCACAAACAACUCCCUAAAAAAUAAUAAUAAUACUCGGAAGAUUCUCAUGCCCGGCCGGGCACCCCGGUGCGCAAUUGUGGGUACAAAUUGGUUAAAG